AAAAUCAUGGCCAACUUUGUUUUGCACUGGGUGCAUUUUUGCAUACAAAUCAUGGGGCUAUUAUUUCAAUUUAAAGAAAGUUUUAACUGGCAGGAUACAGUAGGAAUGAGAGGUCAAAGGAACGCGAAUGUUUGUGUCUUUCUGUGAGUGAGAAAAAAAAACGGGUUUAUCGAAGUAUCUUACCUUUACAAAUCAGGGGUCUUCAUAGUUUACACUUUAUUGGAAUUUGUAUUUUUUACAUAAUAAUACAUGUGGCUUUUCUUAAGUUCUCUUUAUAAAUGAUAUAUUGUGUGUUCUUUUAAUCUUUGGGCCAAAAUUGAGAUGUCCCACAGAGUAAUGACACGUAAGAGUGAAUCAGAAUCGGAAUGAGGUCUAUUGACCAUGUAAGUUCACACUUACAGGGAAGCUGACUUGGCGUACUGCUGGCAGUGACAUAAAACAAUCAGAGAAUACAAAACGUCUCACAGUCACAAACAACAUUAAACAGCACGUAAGUAAAAUAACUGCAGUGCUUCAUAUCAGCAGCAGAAUUAAUGUGGAUUUGCGUUCUGUCAGUUAUUGGGGACCACACUGGAGACAGCUCCUGGGGAGUAGCUGUUUCUGUGUCUCCAAGUCCUGAUUUUUAGUGACUGGAAUCUCAUACCAGAUGGGAGAGGCUAAAAAAUGUAGUGGGGGCUUCAGCAAUUGUCCUGCUUGCCUGCUUACUUGUUUCUUGGCCCUGGUGUUGAAAAGGUGCCAGAUGGAGGGCAGGUCACAGACGAUGAUCUUCUGAGCAAACCUGGUGAUCCACUGGAGUCUGGUCCUGUCUUGAGUUGUGGCAGAUCCCAACCCAGAUGGGUAGUGAUGAAGUAAGGAUGGUCUCAGUGAUGGCCGUGUCAAAGCAUUGCCACAGGAAGGACAUCCUUUCUUGUUCAUGCACUUAAUGUUGUCUGGGGAGAUAUAUUUUUCCCAGGAAUUUGAAGGACAUGUCUGUAUUAACUGCUGAGCCAUAUAUGGUUGGGGAGAGGGCUUGUCUUAAAGUCUCCAACCAUCUCCACAGUCUUCAGAGCAUGAAGCUCCAGAUAGUUAGAACUUGGAGGAGCUUGAUGUAAGUUUUAAAGCGCAGAAUGCAUGCCGCUUAGAUAUUAUGGGAACUGUAUGGGAUGCCUUCAUAAAAAUCCAGGAAGACCACGUGUACUCCCUCAUCCGAACCUAAAUUUAACAUAUUCAGUAAAAAUGCUUGAAUAAUCACCUGUAUGUGGAGCUGAAAGACAAAUCAAAUCAGCAAAUUCAACCGUGAGCAAUUUCCAUGCAUCUGACACAUAGUUAAAAUUCUCUCUGCCAGGUGAUUAACUCCUGCUAAAGUAAGGGUGGAAAAUGCAAAUAAAUCUUCCAUUAAUUAUUAUUAUUAAUUUUUCUAAGCCCUUCUUAUUCAUUAUAAUUACCAGCAGGGAGCUUAGUUAUAUUUACAUUCGUAAUUAGAAAAUGCUUUCACUGACAGCCACUAGGAGGUGGAGAGUUUUGUAAGUCCAUGAAACGGGCACUUAAGGGGCAGAGGAAGGCGGGAGCACAGCUAUGCGCCCUGAGCCAUUUAAUCUGAGCCAGUCAGACACCCUGAUGAUGCCGAACAUCAUGGGGUUUCCUCUUUGAUGAGGGUUGGUGGGUGAACCAGUGUCAAAGUGCAGAUGUUGAUGUGGGACUCAACCGACGGGCAGCUGGAAAAACCAGGAGGGGAUUGUGGCGGCACAAGUAGCCCCGACAGCCCAGGGAAGAGUUUCAUUAGCCUGACUGGGGGACGAGGAGAACCAGCAGCGCCUGGGUAGAUGGCAUUUUGACGAGUUUGGAAACUGUCAGAUUAAAAAAGCGAAGCUGGAUUCUGCUAGAAACAGAAGUUGUCACGAAGGGUCGCUGCUGCCGUUGAUGAGAUGCAUUGCGUUCUCCCCAUAGGGGGUGUCCAGACGGUCAACGUCACUGGCCCAGGGGAGCCGGUGCGGGGCACACUGGGAUCGGACGCCCUGCUGUCAGUGCAUUACGCCAGCUUCAGCACGGACCUGCCCAUCAUCCGCUGGCAGCUCCGGAAGGACAAGCCCCUCACCGUGGUUCAGUCCUUCGGCACCGACGUCAUCGGGAACCUGAGGUCCGAGUACCGGGGCCGUGUCCGGGUCUUCGCCAACGGUAGCCUGCAGCUGCAGGGCCUGCGGCUGGCCGACGAGGGCAUGUACGAGGUGGAGGUCUCCAUCACGGAUGACACCUUCACCGGGGAGACCAGCGUCAACCUCACCGUUGAUGAACUCAUAUCCACACCCCGCGUUGUCAUGGAGACAUCCGCCGUGCUAGAGCACAUGGAGGCGUUCACUCUCAACUGCUCCCACGCCAAUGGAACCAGGCCGACCUACAGCUGGCUCAAAGGUGGGAAGCCCCUAGCCAAUGACACGCGCCUGCUGCUGUCACCUGACCACAAGAGCCUGACCAUCACACGUGUGACGCCUCAGGACGACGGCAUCUACCUGUGUCUUGUGGAGAAUCCCGUCUCGAGCGUCAGGAGCGCCCCCGUCAGGCUCACCGUCUACAGACGCAGCUCUCUCUACUUCAUCCUCGCCGCCGGGGGGGGUUUCCUCUUCGUCACCCUGGUGACGGUGUGUGCCUGCUGGGGCCCCUCCAAGAAAGAAAAACAGCAUAACCAGCCAAGCUCUGUGAAGUAUGUGGAUCAGAACCGGACCAAGUCUAUAGACCCCCACGAGGAGCGGCCCACCCCUUCCGUCAGCCAGGCCCCCGUCACCGCCCCCCCUCCAUCACACGGCCCACAGAUUCCCACGAAACCCACGGUGCCCCCGCCACGCGCCCACAAGACCCGCCCAUCCCCGGGUCUUCCAGCCGUCAAGCCUGCAGGAGACUCCAAGCCCGUGGUGAAGUCUGGUGUGCCGCAGUAGGCAUGAUGGCCGCCCCACGCCUCCCCUCCCCUCCCCACUCCCCACGCCUCUGCUAUUUCAGUGUAAAUACAGCCUCCCAGUCACCCCCUGUAUUCUAUGGUAUUAUUAUUUGCUUGGAAUGUUUAUUCAGUUCAGUCAUUUAGAUGUACAGUAAUUUAACAAAUAUGUGCCUUAUUCUAGAAAAGGGCCCAGGGUCAGUUUAUUCAUAAAAACCUUGCAGGUAAAAGCAUCCAUUAGCUUCUCGCGUUUGUUUUCACUCUCUGGCUCUCAUGAGCAACUUUAGGGAUGAUCUUAGUCCAGGUGGUACCGUUAGGAAAUGAGGUCUGUGAUUUCCAGAUGAUUUGCAAUCAGGUGUUUCACUGUUAAGAUUAAAAUGGAAACUCCAAAUGCCAGCUGUUUGAACACUAAUGAGGUAUUUUAACUAGUCACUGUUGACAAACGCUCGUAUGCAUAUAUCUUUCAAUAAAAAUGUUUAGUUCAUUA